CAAGAACCUUAAUGCAGCGUAUAUAUCGCUCCAGGACAAAAUGGGUUAAAUAUCCCUAGCUGAAAUAACAUCUCUUUAUGACACUAGGAACUCAGAAUUAUUUUUGUUGCUGUUUUACAGUAAUUUGAAGAUGAUGGGCAUUAUGUCAUCGUUGGUGAUGCUGCUCUCCAUGUGUGGAGCUCUGACCCAGAGCAUGAAGACUGAAGGCCUGACACACAGCCAGACCAUUGAGGCUGCUGCUGCCUUUUCAACCCAGCCGGACGUCUCUGCUGAGCUGAAGGAACUCAGAGACACGGUGGCCAAGCUUAGUCUAGCACUACAAAGUACUCAGGAUGAGCUUAAGGUCAUGGAGGCUGACAAUAUAGCAGUGAAAGAAAGACUGGUUUCAAGCGAAACACAGAUAUAUGAACUGAAAUCAGAGAACGCAGCACAAAGGGCAGACGUGACAGCCAUGCAGAGCAGACUGUUAGCCACAGAGACUGACGUGGACGUACUGCAGAUGCACGUUCAAGCGGCGUCCAAGGUGGCGUUCACGGCAGCUUUGCCACUCGGACACGUCCACUCUGGGGACAGGCACUUGAACUUGGUCUUCAGCAAAGUCCUCACUAACGUCGGAGAGGCCUACAGCAGCAAGUCGGGCGUCUUCACAGCUCCAGUCAGGGGGGUCUACUACUUCAGGUUCACUGUGGUGGAUUUAGUAUACAACAGCGGCAUGACUGUCCAACUGAGUAAGAAUGGGCAGGUUAUCAUGCAGCUGUUUGAAAAUGAGACUGACGGUAACGAGACCUAUCUCUCUAGUGGCAUGACUCUGGAGCUGGAGCUGGGGGAUGAAGUCAACAUGGUACUGCCCCCAGGUUACAAGCUCUUUGAUAGUGGCAGCAAUCACAGCACAUUUAGUGGCUUCCUGCUCUUCCCUCUUUGAAUGUUGUAAACCACUCAGCAUUCUCACAUACAGGGGGAAUAAAGAAGCUUACUCUGAGGGGUCUUUCAAAAUUGUUACAACAACUUUUACAGGAUUGUGACACAUUUACCUUAGGGUUGGAAAAGCUACUUCAGUGUUGCUUUGAACUGUCAUGUAAUCACAUA